AUGACGGCCGUGCAGCCCCUGGUGGUGCUGGUCAACAACCUGCUGCACCUGAGGGCCAUAGCCCCGCCCGUGGCCGGCCUGCUCAUGCCGCCGCUGCGCGGCCACGCCUUGUUCAUCACCUGCGCCACCAGCAUGAUAAGCCUUCUGCUGGGCAAGCACUGGCUGUAUUACUUGUCUCAGAGGAAACCUCCUCUGAGCAACGUACUGGAGUUCUCGGCCUCAAUGAUUUCACUGACUUUCGAUACUUUUAUCAUAUUUCUGUGUGCGUGUGCCGAAGACAAGCUACAGGACAUCAAUUUACGUUUGUCGGUGGUCAGCAAAGUGAGACCAGAGCUAAGGCCUCUGAUUCUUGAGACUGGAGCACGGCAAUACGAGCUGACAGCUGAUCAGAUCUCGUUGCUGGGCUCCGUCGGCACCAUGGGGCUGCCGAUGGCGUGCAACGCGGUGCGGCACCGCAUCAAGCUGGUCACAGACUCGUUCCUCGUGUACCGCGCCAUCGAGAAGCUGGGCACUGCGCACCCCGGCACACUGGGAGCCCUCAUCCUGCAGCUGGUCACGGGGAUAGGUCGCAUCGUGGUUUCUGCCACCGCUGGGGAGGCGCUGAUGUCAAGAGGUGUAUUUGAGAAACUCACCCAAACUCUGUGGACUCAUCUGAAGAAUAUGGGAAGAUUGAGACGGAAAAGAACAUAUUUCCCAGACAUUCUUAUGGUUGUGUGGCUACUAGCAACCCCGGAUAGUUUUCGCAGUGUUGCACUUAGAUUCGGUGUUCGCCCCAGCACGUUGUACUAUCAUUAUAGUUAUAUUGUUGAGGCUUUACGUGAGUUGGCUCCACAGUACAUAACAUGGCCGGAUGAGGAGGAGAUGGAAAGGGUUAGACAGUUUCAAAGGGCUUCUGGAUUCCCUGGGAUCAUCGGCAGCAUAGAUUGCACCCACAUUGAUGUGACAGCUCCUGUGCAAGAUGCUGCCUCAUACAUCAACCGUCAUCACGGUUACUCUGUCAACGUCCAGGCUGUGGUUGACAGUGACAUGUUGGUCCGAGACCUUCAUGUUGGGGAGCCGGGAAGCAUGAGUGAUACUCGUGUGUUCCGCAGAAGUCCUCUGCAUGGAAAAUUGUUGCGUGGUGAAGGAAUUCAGCCAGAUUCAGAACACCUUGUUGGAGAUGGUGGUUAUAUCCUCACUGAUUUUGUGAUGAUGCCAUAUGUUAAUAACGGCCAUCUCUCAGAAGAGCAGUUAAAUUUUAACAAAAAAAUAUCACAGUGCAGGGUGAGAGUUGAAAAUAGUUUUGCAUUGGCCAAGGGAAAGUGGCGCAGACUCAAAUCUUUGGAGAAUCGAAACCGUUUUAUUCUGGUAGAUCACAUUACUGCCUGCUUUGUUUUGCACAACUUUUUGGUUCUGAAUGGUGAAAUACUGCUAGAGAUUGAAGAAUUAGCUAGAUUAAUCAAUGAAGCUGAAGUGCUUGGUCGUGAAGGCUUGGAAGAAGAUGAAGAAGAAGAUGGUGCAGGUUUUGGUGCUGGUGGCCUUGUUUUUGAUGACCGGGGCACAGCAGCUGUUUCCUGGCCAUCAACAGCAUACUUUGUGCGGGCGCCUACAGAGUUAAUACAUGGCGGAUUUAGAGUUGCUCUGCCACUCUCCAUAGCACUGAAAAUCUUGAACCAUGGCCAUGUACUUGGCACUCCUCCUGUGCGAUUUUCCCCAUCGAAUUCCUUUCUGAAUUUUGUCAUCAUUGCAGUAAUCUUGUGCUUAAUUUAUUUGAAUAGUUCAGAAGUUAAAUAG